AGAUUGACAGUUUGACAGAUUUGAGCCAAUUUAAUUUGAGCACAGGCUUUUGAGGAUUGUUACAUGUGGGUUUGUAAUUUAUUUGUGACAAAUUAUCACACGAAAAUAAUUAGCAUUGCUUUAUCCAACCUAAUUCAUAAAAGAUUCGUAGUGGUUAUAAGUUACUUUAAAUAAUUUUAGUAGGUAUUAUCGCUUCAGAAGAUAACCUCAAAUAAUUUUGAUUUUAUGCUUACAUAAAUCAUUGAAAAUAUAUUCAAAUUCAUAAAGACGAGCAAUGGCGUUAAAUGUGGUUGGAAAACUUUUAAGGCGGAAGGAUCUUUCAAAGCUAUUCUACUAUGAUGUUAAACAGUUUACAACAGAACUAAGUUUGAUCAACACAGUCAGCAAACCUUCUGUUAGCACAUGUUGUCUGACUCAGAAAUUCACACAAACAAAAUUGCAAAGUUUUAGUCACAGAUUUUAUUCUAUAGAAGCUGUUGAGCAGAAAGACAUUGAUGUUUAUCGUAAUGAACACAAUAUAACUAUUAUUGGAAAAGAUAUACCCAAUCCUUACUUGGAUAUUGAGAAGAGUGAUUUUCCUGAUUAUAUUAAAAACUUUUUAAAAUCACAAGGUUUUGAAAAGCCCACAGUUAUUCAAUCACAAGCGUGGCCAAUAGCACUAAGUGGCCAAAACUUUGUUGGCAUUGCACAGACAGGCACUGGGAAGACCCUGGCAUAUUUGCUACCCGCAGUUGUUCAUAUAAAAGAAAAUGUGGCAAAAAAGGGUAGAGGGCCGAGAGUUUUAGUUCUGGCUCCUACUAGGGAAUUGGCUCGCCAGAUUGAAGUAGUGGCUAAAGACUUCCAAAAGUUAUUAGGAAUCAGAUGCGCUUGCAUAUAUGGUGGAGCGAAUAGGAGUACACAGGCCCAGAUACUUGAAUCUGGUGUAGAUUUAGUGAUUGCCACUCCAGGAAGAUUGAAUGAUUUUCUUAUGAGCAGGACAACAACUCUGAAUAGAUGCACAUACGUUGUGUUGGAUGAAGCAGACAGGAUGUUGGACAUGGGAUUUGAGCCUCAAAUCAGGCAGGCCCUGGAGGGAGUACCAUCUGAGAGACAGAUCCUGAUGUUCUCAGCAACGUGGCCCAAAGAAGUCCAACAUUUGGCCAGAGAUUAUUUAGGCAAGUUUGUUCAGGUCAAUGUUGGUUCUACAGAGUUGUCAGCAAACCACAAUAUAACGCAGCAUGUACAUAUUUGUGACCAAGAAGAAAAAAUGGACAAGUUCAAAUCAAUAAUGCAUAACUUGUCAGGUGAUGGUUUUGGUAAAAUACUGGUUUUUACAAACACAAAAAAGUUUGUGGACAUGUUGAGUAUGAUGCUCCGAAGAAAUGGGUGGCCAGCAGUGGGUAUCCAUGGCGACAAGACACAGCUUCAAAGAGAUACAAUCAUAAAUAAAUUCAAACAUGGCAAAACAAACAUUCUUGUGGCCACCGACGUAGCUGCUCGUGGACUAGAUGUUGAUGGAGUCACACAUGUUAUCAAUUUUGACUUCCCAAAUACUUCUGAAGACUACAUCCACAGAAUUGGUAGGACUGGUAGACAGCAAAACAAAGGAGUGUCCCACACUAUACUGACAUAUGAAGAUGAUCGUCAAGCCAAAAAUCUGAUUGCAGUUUUAAGAGAAGCAAAUCAGGAAGUUCCACGGGAAUUAGAAAACAUGGCUCGCAGUUUUGAUAUGUCAAAGACAAAUAAUAGAGAAAUGAAAUACAAGCCUAAGCAGUAUGGUUGGAAUACAAACAGAAGGUUCAAUCGGUUUAAAAGGAAUGAUAGAUAUGAUGACCGUUACUAAUUUAUGUUAAAAUUGUGUACUACUUAGUAAACUCGUAAUUUAAAUUAAUGCUGUUAUUCUUUGUAAAUACUGGGCUGUUUAAGUAAUAUGAAAUUAGGUAGUAAUUUUAGAUUCACCACCUGUUCCCAUCAUAAUCUGUUGUACCUAAUAAAAUGGUCAAUCAAGUUCAUUAAAUACCUACUAAGGAUCUGUAAGUACCAACUUUAGCCAAUAAUUGGAACUGGUACUCCAGAUAAAUCAAUGCACAUUAGAGAAC